CUCCGGUUGUUCUCGUCCAAGGUAGAGCCGGAUGAUACUGGAUGCGACAUGGACGAGCGGAUGGAGGACGGGAGGACAGGGUUGCAUGUAGCGUGGAUGCUGGGGAGGGCGGGGAGCGUGAGGGAGCUGAUCGAGGCAGGAGCAGAGGUAAGAGCGAAGGACGAGAAACGGAGAACCUUUAUGUACUGGGCGACGGCGGCGAGUGCUGGAGGGUACCUGGAGGUGCUGCGAUAUAUUGCAGAGACAUGCGGAGAGGAGCUGCUGAGGGAGAAGGACGAGUUUGACAGGACAUGCGCGCUCUGGGCGAGUGCUGGAGGGCAGCUGGAGGUGCUGCGGUACUUG